GAUAUUGUGAUGCACGUGGUAUUCGUGGUCGUGAUCGUGUUCCUGAUCAAUCGAACAGUUAGCAAUGAUGAGUUCAAAGAGACACCCUUCAAGACGACAGUGUCCAGUGCAGUCAGUAAAGUAAUAACUGAUUUCUAUAUGCACAAAUCGACGACACUGUCAAUUACUACAUCGGUUUAUCAUUUAAAAAACUAUGACCAUCAAAUGGGUGUUGUCAAUGAGAUACUUUAUCGAACUCGCUCGAAAAUAGUGGUUGUAAUUGAAGACUUUUCAUUACUAUCAACGACGAUACAUCGUUUCUUCAAUCUCAUGUUCAUCGACAGCUAUGAGGCAUUUUUUGAAAUAUUCAAAUUAAUGAGAGACGAUAGCAUGUUCGAUUAUACCGGAUUUUAUACGAUCGUCCUAACGAAAUUAUGGAGAGAUCAAUACAUCAUCAUAUCAAGAAUACUAAAUGAUUGUUGGUCCCUUUACAUCACAAACGUUUUAAUAGUGGUUUCAAUGGGAAGUGAACUGGACUCAAAAUCAGCAAUUUACACGUACUUUCCAUACACCUUGAACCAUUGCGAAAAGACGGCACCGGGGAUUUUAAAUUAUUUCAUUAACAAUACGUUUAUGUACGACACUGAUCAUUUCCCGGACAAAUUGAAAAAUAUGUACAAAUGUCCGUUGACUCUAGUUACACAUAAUGUGACACCUUUUAUGAUUUUGUACCGAAAUCGUAACGAUCGGAGCUAUCGAACUGAAGGUAUUGAUGGCAUUACUUUUAGGGUUUUGUCGCAGCAAUUAAAUUUCACGCCCAUCAUCGAGGUGCCCAACAAAGCUAACGGGUCUUCAUAUUUCAUGGAAAUGGUGAUGACAGGCAGGGCAAAUCUUACCAUCGGAGGAUUUUCUUUUACAAUAAAUAGAGCCAAAACCAUGUCAGCCUCAUCACCAUAUCUUUACUCUUCGAUACUCUUUGCUGUACCAAAAGGCAAGGCAUAUACAGCUCUGCAGAAACUGUUUUUGCCUUUUAAAAUGCAGAUAUGGAUAGUGAUGGCAGUGCUACUACUCUGUGCUCUAAUCGCAACAACAUUUCUCAGUGAAACGAAACUCAAGUUUUUGGCUGGUGAGUGCAAUAGUACACCUUUCUUGAACACCAUUUCGGUGCUAUUUGGUGGCGUUGUAACGGUAUUACCGAAACGGAAUUUCGCUCGUACGAUCUUAAUCAUCUGGAUAUUCGGCUGCAUUGUUUUGCGAAGUGCGUUUGAAGGAUCACUCUUCGAAUACAUCCAGAAGCCGCGGAAUUUGCCAAGUGCGCGAACAUUUCCUGAAUUGAUUGCUAGGAACUAUACGCUUUACAUGAGCACAGCAAUCUACCAAUUGUUGAAUACAUCCACAUAUUACAAAAGGGUGCAAAUCCACAAUUUUGGAAGUGAUGAAAGGUAUGAACUUCUGAAAAAUUCUAAUUUCAAUGGCGCAGUUCUAACCACCGACGUUGGUAUAUCAUACUACAAUCUAAGACAUUUUAAGACCACUGGAGUUGUAUCGUCCACCAAAGAUCGAAUAUAUCUCUUGCCGUUUUGCAUAUUUUUUCGUAAACAUUCCUGUUUGACCAAACCAAUAACCAGGCUUAUCAACCAAUAUACCAACAACGGACUGCUGCAACACUGGACGAGUCAAUACUUCGAAAAGAAAUUCGUUAAUGUGAAAGCCUACGAUUUUGAAGAACACCAGCCACAACGUUUAACCAUGAAGCAGCUAAUCGGCGGCUUUAUUAUAGGAUCGGUUUUGUUGACUGCUGCGUUAGUCGUGUUCCUACUUGAAAUUAUGUCCAAGAAAUGCGAGUUUUUGAAUAAAUUACUUAGGCCUUAA